AUGCAGCUGCCACUCUCGUUCACAGCCAUAUUGGCCGCUACCAGUACCCUUGUGAACGCAGCACCCGCAAAUGACCUCCACGAGCGACGUGUCGAUUUCAAUUGGGGCAGUAAUAAGGUCAAGGUCCGUGGCGUCAAUCUAGGCGGUUGGUUGGUCCUUGAGUCGUUCAUUACACCUUCCAUCUUCGAGAGUCAUAGCUCGGACAACUGGCCCAUCGUCGAUGAGUGGGGACUGUGUGAGAAGGUCGGCCAACAGAACUGUGCCGAUGUCCUCAAGCCUCAUUGGGACAGCUUUGUGACGCUUGACGACUUUUGGAAGAUCAAGAACGCUGGCUUCAAUAUGGUCCGCAUUCCCGUGGGCUACUGGAGCUACGUCAAUCCAUGGGGACCGUAUGCUCAAGGUGCCGCCCCGUACCUGGAUGCUGCAAUCGACUGGGCGCGACAGACUGGCUUGAAGGUGGUGAUCGAUCUCCACGGCGCACCCAAAUCUCAGAACGGCUUUGAUCAUUCCGGUCACAGGGCCUCUGUUCCUGGUUGGGGCGAUGCCGACAGUCUUGGCUACACUCAUGCUGCACUUCGUAUUAUCGAGGAGAAGUAUGCUAUACCAUCGAUGCAGGAUGUUGUCGUCUCGAUCCAGCCGCUCAACGAGCCUUUCUUGCUCAAGCUGGACAAGGAGAUGGUCAAGAACUUCUACCGCGAUGCUUACUACAACCUUCGCGAGAUCAGUGAUAUGCCCAUCAUGUUCCACGAUGGGUUCGAAGUCCCGAGCUGGAUGAACGGCUUCCUCACACCGCAGGACAACAACGCACAGAAUGUGAUUGUCGAUCAUCACGAGUACCAGAUCUUCGACAAGGACCUUCUAGCAUUUUCGGUCGAGCAGCAUCUUGGCCUCAUGUGCGAUUCCGCCAACAACCUCCAUAGCUCCGACAAGUGGACCAUAGUCGGCGAAUGGUCCGGCGCCCUCACCGACUGUGCCAAACACGUCAACGGCUUCGCUGCAGGCCACCGCUAUGACGGCAGCUACCCCGACACCCACUACAUCGACACAUGCACCGGAAAAUCCGGGCUUGUAUCCACCUGGACGCAAGAAUGGAAGGACAACAUCCGGCGCUACAUUGAAGUGCAACUCGACGCGUACGAGGCGAACACCAUGGGUUGGGUCUUUUGGAACUUCAAGACUGAGGGCAGCGCGGGCGAUUGGGAUCUCUUUCAGCUGCUGGAUGGAGGUGUGUUUCCGCAACCCCUUUCAGAUAGGAAGUUUCCUAGGUGGUGUAAGAACUUUUAG